AUGACGAGGGCAAAGGUCUUGAUCGUGUUGUUCAUUCUACUGAUUUUAAUAUCGCAAGCGACGUGUUUCGGCAGGAAGAAGACCGCCCGAUGCCGAAAAGACCAGCAGGUUUUAAGCACAAUCGAUGAGAAUUCGACGGAUUCGAGCGAUUAUCAUUACAGUUGCGAUCCGUCGGAGUUUGGGAUAGUGCAGAAGAUACCGUAUACCCGAUCGCGAUCUUGCGACGCGACGGAUAUCGACUUCUCGUCCGCCUGCGUUCGGUGCGGCAUGUGCCUUGCCAUUGCAGAAAAGAUAAAUCAAACACUGUUGGAUGUUCAUGAAGUGUUACCCAACGCUUGUUUAAACGACACCGAGAUCGAGCUUCUCCUGCGGGCCAUCUGCGAUCACUCCUUCCAAUUCUACAGUCUCCGCGAGGUAGAUGGGACGAGGUACAUUUCUGACAGAUUACCCGGUUCCGUUAUGGUGACCACAUCCGCGGACGGGCUUUGGGCGAAAAAAUUGAAACACCACUGUCAUUAUUAUUUGGACGAAAUCGGUGAAGCAGCGUUGUACGAGCAAUGGCAGCAAUGGUGCAACGACGAUGAAAAAUACCCUAAUCUGUCUGUCGUCAUGUGCCGAAGCGACCAUGGAAUUCUGAGGGACUGUAGGAGCAUGGAGGACACGGACAAAUACGAAUCUCCGUUCAAGACUUACAGCGCAAAGAUGAAAAUCACCGCGGCGUACGGCGAGUACGGCAGGCAACGGAAGUAG